AUGGUAGCUUCGAUUCAAACAUCCUAAGUGCUAAGACUUUUUACCAUUCUGUUGGUUUUAAGGUUUUACUUUCGUAAAGAUUGCUCGAUUAUUUGUCCCCAUGUUUGCGAGAUGAAACGUGUUAUGAGAUGACAUUUGACCAGAUUCGGUGCUGACAGUUAACAGGAGCAUGGUUUACUACAUCACUUGUGUAUGGAACACAGACUGUCUUUGUAUGCUUGAUUUUAUAUAUAUAUAUAUAUGUUAUUUGUAUGCGGCGAGGACAGAAAAGGACAAGCAGUAAACAUCUUAGCGUGAGUAUCGGGACCAGCUCGUAAGCUGUCCCUUUCACGUGGACGUCUAUCCCUGGUAUUGAUUCUAUGGCUGUUUCUUGCCUCUGUGUGUCAUCGCCCUGUCACAACUUGGCAUCUACCAUUCAUUUCAUCAAACACUAUUGACAAAGGCACGUCAACGGAUACAUUGCCUUAAACAUUUGUACGCGAAAACCUACUAUUUCCGGGCGACAGUCACGCGCUCCGGAAGUGAACAGCAUGGCCGACGUUGUUUGACAUCUACAGAGGGAGACGACAACGCUCGAGCCCCAGUGCUGACAUCACGGCCCUCUCAAUUAUCGGUAUAAGAAGUAAUGCUGUAUCAGACCCGGACAUCGCUGUCAGGAUGACCACAUGUAACCAUGACGACCUCUCAUCCGACCAUCGACUCGGACCAGCAGAAGAUAAAGCUUGCUGUGUUGGGUGCCCCGGGGGUCGGGAAGACUUCCAUCGUCAAACAAUUCGUGUGCAACCACUUCGAAGAGGAGUACGAGCCAACAGACCGGAAGCACGUGUAUCUCCCGUCUGUCAUCAUCAACGAUCACCUAUAUGAGCUUAAAAUUAUAGACUGUCCCUACAUUCCUUACUUCCCAGUGAAUUCUCUGUAUGAAUUUACAGACUUCCGAGGUUAUGGAUUACGAAAUGCCACAGCCUAUAUUUUAGUGUAUGACGUCACUUCCGAGGAUAGUUUCCAAUAUAUCAAAUCACUACGCGAUCAGAUUUUGGAAAGUCGUAAUAUGCAUGACGUUCCACUUUUUGUUGUCGGAAACAAGCAUGAUUUGUCAGACGAGCGCGGGAAAUUCCGGCGAGAGGUCGCCAAUUUGGUGAAAAAACAAUGGAAGUGUGGCUACGUGGAGUGUUCGGCAAAGUUUAAUUGGCAUAUCGUUUUGCUAUUCAAAGAACUCAUGAAAGCUGUGGACUUCAUCGACUACGGCCAUAAACCCACAGCGGUGAGAGUACAGGACGCCCUCCGACGAAACAGAUGCGUUAUUUUAUGAGACUCGACAGAAGAUAGAACACACAAAUACUAUAUUUAAUACCUUUUAUUUUCAGCCUGUGCAAGUAUAAAUUGUCUUUUGCCUUUCAGCGGAUGUUGUUAAUAUAAUAAAGACUGUUUAGCGCAUAGCCAGGGAAAUGUGUUAAUAAACUAUAAAAUCCUACACUAUCGUGGACAUGAAAGGCCGCGUUGUGGCUGUACGUGUAUGCUGUUAUUGUGUGCGUAUAUUAUAUUAGAUGGUAUGAUCGUUUUUUGUAUGUUAUAGAAUAUCGACAUGGAAAUAAAGGCGAGCAUUAAAAAGAGGAGUUUUAUACAAAACAUGUUUAUAGAUAGUUAUUGGUGUAUAAAAUAGCCAUAAGCCUAACAUUAUUGUCUUAAUUUAUAUACCACCGUGGUCGUUAUCGAACGCACCCGGUGGACAAUUUGAGCGAAAUCAUGAAGCAUUUUGGUUUGGUCACAGAAGAUAAAUACCAGAACGAAAUGUAUAUAUUGACAUCCAGCAAUAAAGUAGUGUGGCUACCGAUGCCUGGUCCAGAUGUUAGACUGGCACUAAAGUUCAUUAGAAAAAGUCGCUUAAAACCAUUUUUACUUCAGUAACAUCACUGUGAGGAUACACCGGGAAGGAAAACAACUUUUGUCUAUAGACAGUUUCAAUUGAACUUGUGAUCGAAUUGGUAUAAUAAGGAGGCACGGUAGUCUAGGUGUAGGACACCAGGCUCGUGACCGAAGGGUUGCGGGUUCGAGUCACGGCACGGCACUGUCUUGUAUCUUUGAGCAAGAUACUUUUGACUCCGCUUUUUCCAGUAUACUCAGCUGAAAAUGAGCACGUGGCUGGGCAGUGUUAGAGUUGUGGAAUGCUAGCAGUGAGCGCUGAAAUGGCAACACCGGCUGUAUGCUCCCCAGAGAGUUGAGAAAUAUAUUGGCUAUA